AUGUCCUUCGCACCUGCUGCCAACAUGUUUAGGUGGUCUGAUUGUCGCCCAGUGGAUGCAACAUGUGCACCGAAAGGUUGCGUCAUUAUCUCGUCAGUUUUACUUGCUGCGUGGCUGACGGCAGCAUGUCCGAUCGGCUGCCUGGUUCGUGCGCGCACUCCACGAAUUCCACAGUUGGUCGGACCACUUUCAUCGCCAUUACGUGGGGUGAGUGGCAGAUGGCGUUCCCAGUGCAGAGUUCGAGCCUCCAUCAAGGGUCGUUCUCGUGGCGCAUGGUCCAAGGUUCUGACGUCCCAGAUCUCCCUUUCGAAGUCACCGGAAGCCUUGAUCGUCACCAUAAGGGAUUCUGUACGGGACACUAGCUUUAAUGCAGUCCAUGCAUCAGCUGCAUUGACACGUCUUGCCAGGUUUAAGAGGCAAGGUCGGCUAAAGAGGGAGAAUAUCAACAGCUCUGCAUGGCCGCUGCUGAAAUCGCGACUGAAGGCCAUAAUAAGAAAGGGCCUACCUGCUCGCAAUGUGGCAUCAGUAUACUGGGGCCUGGCCGUUCUGUCAGAUGAGCCUGGUUUGCAGUUCUUUCUCAGGCUUCUUCCCGGGCUUAUGGAAGUUACAAGGAGCCAGCUGGACGACAUGAUCCCCCAAGGGCUUUCAAACUGCCUGUGGGCAUCGGCCAAGCUUCAGUCUGUGGCACCAGAAGUGUUGAACAUACUUCCUGCCUUGGCACGACAUCUUCCGGGAAAGCUCGCAGGUAUGAAGCCCCAAGAGCUAGCGAUUUGCCUGUGGGCAACUGCCACGGUCCGGGAUAACUCGACGCAGCUUUCGCAAGCCGUGCCGGCCAUGGCCGCAGCCGUCAAAGACCAAGCUGUCUCCUUCGAUGCCCAAGCUUUGUCCAACUCUUUCUGGGCUUCAGCAAAGUUGAAGGACCGAGUGCCGGAGGUCCUUGUUGCUGUGCCACCACUGGCUAAGCACAUCGCCAGACAAGUUGCAAACAUGACACCGCAGCAACUGUCGAACUGCCUUUGGUCUGCUGCGGUUGUGAAGGAUUCCGCGCCUCACGGUCUGUCCACCGUGCGACCUUUGGCCAUGCACAUUGAGCUCCAGGUCGGCAGGAUGUUGCCGCAGCACCUGUGUAACUGUCUUUGGGCUAUAGCAAAACUGGAACGAGCGUGUCCGGAGAUUUUAUCGGCCGUACCCGGCAUCGUGCGACUCUUGCCAGGCAAGCUGGCACUCUUGGACCAUCAGUUGCUUUCCAGCGUUUGUUGGGCAGUUGCGGUCUUGCAAGAACCUGCUCCCGACGUACUCGACAUCGUACCAGCCCUUAUGGACAGAAUCCUCAAAUCCGAGCUGCAAGACUUUGAUGUGCAGGCCCUGUCCAACUGCCUGUGGGCUGCCGCAUGCCUCCAGGACUCGGCCCCAUCCAUGCUGACCGCGGUGCCUGUUCUUGCAAGCUCUGCAGCAGACCGCGUGGAGCGCAUGCUGCCACAGGAUUUGUCAAACUGCCUUUGGGCCGCAGCGACCUUGAGAGAUUCGUCGCCGGAAGUUCUCGAAGCAGUGCCGGCUUUGGCCACACACAUACCCUGCAAGGUGGACAAAAUGGUUUCGCAGCAUUUAUCCAACUGCUUGUGGGCAGCAGCAACCCUUAAAGACAGGUCUCCUGAAGUGCUGCGAGCAGUUCCUGCCCUGGCCAAGCGGAUUCGUUACAAUGUGCAGGACUUCAAUUCGCAGGCCUUGUGCAACUGCCUUUGGGCAUCUUCGCAUCUCCAAGGAUCGGUUCCACAAGUUCUCGACGCGCUUCCAGCCAUCACCGACACCAUCGCGCAGAAUGUAGAGCUUGUUGUCUCACGGCGCUGGUGA